UGGCCACUCCCCUCUCUCCAUCGUUCGGCCGCACCAGUGUCCCCGGGCCGCUCCGCUCAGUGUCGGGGAAUAGUCAGCCUGGAGGCCGGAGAGAGGAGGCGGGGAGGGGAGCCGGGUGGAAGGGCAGAGGAAGAGGAGUGGAGGGGGGUCCUGAGCUGUGGAUGGAGCCCAGUUUUAUCCAGUCGGCCAUGGCUCUGGGACUGGCGAGUAAGAAGGUCUCCUCCAGGAACGUCACUGUGGAGAGAAGGAACCUGCUGACCGUGUGCCGGUUCUCGGUGAAGACCCUGCUGGAGAAAUACACCGCAGAGCCCAUCGAUGAUUCAUCAGAGGAAUUUGUGAACUUCGCUGCCAUAUUGGAGCACAUCCUAAGCCAUCGAUUCAAAGGUCAUGUCAGCUGGUUUAGCACAGAUGGCCAGAGAGGAUUCUGGGAUUACAUUCGCAUUGCCUGCAGCAAAGUCCCAAACAACUGCAUCGGCAGCAUUGAAAACAUGGAGAACAUUAGCAGUGCCAGGGCAAAGGGCCGGGCCUGGAUACGACUGGCUCUCAUGGAGAAGCGACUUUCAGAAUACAUAGUGACAGCUUUAAGGGACACCAGGACCACCAGGCGCUUCUACGAUGAUGGAGCCAUCCUGCUGCGAGAGGAAUCGUCCGUGCUCACGGGAAUGCUCAUAGGUCUAAGUGCCAUUGACUUUAGUUUUUGCCUGAAGGGGGAAGGCAACGAUGGAAAGACCCCAGCAGUGAUAGAUUACACCCCUUACUUGAAGUUUACACAAAGUUAUGAUUAUCUGAGUGAGGAAGACGACAGGGAGAGUGUGGGUGGCAGUAGCAGCGAGGACAGCUCCCCGGAACACCCCUAUUUGCCUUUACUCACUGACGAGGAGAGCUGGUACAGCAAGUGGCGCAAGAUGGAGCAGAAAUUCCGUAUCGUCUAUGCACAAAAGGGUUACCUGGAGGAACUGGUCCGCCUGCGGGAAUCUCAGCUGAAGAACCUGGAGGCUGAAAACAAGCGGCUGACCCAGAGGAUCAAUGAGCAGUCGGAGCAGAGUCUGCAGGAAAAGCAUCAGCUUGAGGGAGUCAUUCUGGAGCUACAAGAGCAGCUCACUGGCCUUCUCCCUUCUGAAACUGCCCCAAUCAAAAAGUUCACCCCGAGCCUUGGGGCCCCUCUCGUAAACCAGUGGCCCUCGCUGAGCACUCUUAAUGAUAAUGAAGCGUCUGUUAAUCCAUCGCUGUACAGGAGGCACAGCUUCUUGAGCACCGAACACCUCUCUGCAGAGCUUAGUCUGAGCUCGGAAUCCCAGAGGUUGGAUGGAAAACAAGAUGGAGAGCCCUGGGGGCCUAUUGGCAAGGACCCAACACCCUCCAUGUUGGGCCUAUGUGGGUCAUUGGCUUCUAUCCCCAGCUGUAAAUCUCUGCCAAGUCUAAAAUCCAAUGAAUGCCUUGUCAGCAACAGCAGCGAGACCAGCCCAUCCGGGAGCCCAAGUUGAGAUAUUUAGCCCGCCAUGCCUUUUUUUUGCCUCUACCGAAGGAGCCCAGCUGCCGUAACCCUUAAAAACAGCCGAACUGGGCUCUCACAAGGGAGUUCCAAAACCAACGCAUCACUUACAAGACAUGGAGGAGUCCAACCAGCACAACCAGAAUCCAUUACAUGCAAACAAGGGUAGAGGGACCUUAGAUCUCAGAAACCCUGUAUGAUUCUCUGUUAAAAAGUGUUGCUUAGAGCCUCAGUUGAAACCAUUAAACACUCCACACAAUGUCCGUCAAUGAAAGGUUGGCAAUGAUCAGCCUACAAAGUUCCAACGACCUUCUAUUAAAGACACCCGCAACCCAAUCAGCAAAUCUGCCAAGGUUGUGCCUUUGGCAAGAGCACACUUGGGUUCAAAUUAAAAGGAUCCAGUGAUAAGACCUAGAACAAUGCUCUCUAUCUAGUCUCUAUCACACAAGGUGGCUUUGCUCUUUAGCUCAGAUCUCUGUUCAAUAUCUCCUUGGACAGCGACCCUCAUUAUCAUUAAUCCUGUCGGUGGGACACUUGGACCACCUCAGCCUGAAACCAUAACGUGUUGUGUAUCUAAUUGUCCAUGGAAUAAACACUCGUCAUGAAAACUGC